CUCUCCGCACACUCCAGAUCAAGCCUAGGCCAUCGGCACAACGCUCAAAACAGCAUCUCCACCAAUUCUACCUUUUUCAGCAUCUUCGUGGUACCUUGAACCUCACAUCCCAAAAUGGCCGACAUCACCGAUCAGCACGAACAGACCUCGCCCACCGAGCUUGACGACGCGCAUGCCGUGGGCACUGGCAAUGUCAACAACAACGAACCCCGCGGUGUUAAGCGCGCACGCCCGGCCACGGCCGAUGACGAUGAUGAUGACGAUGACAAGGGCGGCCGCGAGCGCCGCAAAAUCGAAAUCAAGUUCAUCAGCGACAAGUCGCGUCGCCACAUUACCUUUUCCAAGCGCAAGGCUGGUAUCAUGAAGAAGGCCUACGAGCUUUCCGUAUUGACAGGAACCCAAGUACUGCUACUCGUUGUUUCCGAAACCGGCCUGGUCUACACCUUCACAACUCCCAAGUUGCAGCCUCUCGUCACCAAGGCCGAGGGAAAGAACUUGAUUCAGGCAUGCCUAAACGCCCCCGAGCCCGCGUCUGCCGAGAAUGGCGUGGACGACUCUAAUGCGGUUGACUCGCCCGAAGAGCCCUCGAGCGCCCACCUGCCUCCCCAGCAAGGCCGACCUGGCAUGCCGCCCCAAGGACACAUGCCUCCCAACUACAUGCCCGCUGUCGGCGCAAUGGAUGCCCAGCAAGCGCAAGCACUGGCGUAUACAAACUACGUACAACAACAAAGAGGUGGCCAAUACAUGCCUCAGCCUGGUCUGCAGCAGCAUGCCGGUCAUCAGGCAUAAUUAUAUUCAGGGCGGCUCUUUUCAUGACUUCAGCUUGCGCGAUAAUACCCAGCAUUAAUGCAUUCAUGAAGUGUCAUUUCCCCGAUUCGACAUCGUUAGGGUGCCCCUCGUCGUUGCGUACGAGGGUUAUGCCAGCUUGGCGUUCGGUUGGGGUGUUUGAUACUGUUUCUCAUCUCUUUUUUUACAACUUCUUGACGGUCCUUUCCCCCUUGUUUCAGGUUCCACGGAAUUCAUCUCAUAUCCUCUUAUAUCCCAACUCUGCCGUCCGUGGGUGGCAGGGUUAAUCGGUUAAACUACUUGAUUUGUUGUGUUGGGGGCAGCAACGGUCGAUUUGCCCUGGAGAUCAGUGAGCAUUUGGGCCCGUGAAGGGCGGUACAUGCGAGCAUUCGCAAUGGGGCGGGAUCCGGUAACGGUGUGAUGUACGAAUGGCAAUGUCACGGGGUAAAUGGGAGGCUUAUUUGCGUAUGAGACGGUGGCGUCGGCUUGGUGGUAAACUUGGCGGCUCGCAUUUUCUGGGUUUUCCAGGCCAGGAGCGGUUCUCGACGUUUGCUUUGGUAAAACAAGGUUCAUGUCAGGGGGGCGUGGCACGAAGUUACGACCCAAUGAAGGCUUCUACGUUUACGAAUCGGACUGCGUCAACAAACUUGUUCAGUUUUGUUCUAGUCUUUGGCUCUGCCAUGGAACGAGUAUGGCGUGGCUUCUUUAGUAUGACAAGAAACUGUCUGCUUUCGCCG